GCGUUUUAUUACAAAUUACUGGUUUCAGCAAACAACUUAUUAUCGGUGUUGUAAUAUAACAAACAUGCCUAUUUUAAAAUGCAGUUUUUUGAUACGUAUCAUGAUUUUUAUAUAUAAAACGGUUGUCGGACUUUAGUUUUAGCCCGCUAGCUAACACUGUUUCGAUAACACCGUGUUGUUUAUACAAAAUGAAUAGUAAAAAACUUUUAAACUCCCCAAAAACAAUCAAAAUAACGUAAAACACAUUUUCUGCCUGAAAUGCGACUAUGAAUUUGUUUUUCACAUGAUAUUUGACUGUUGUGCUAUUCAGCUAGUAUUAGCCAGUUUCAUUCAUUGAUGUUUUGCAUGUUAGCAUCUCCACUGUUCAUGCAUUCAUGUUGCUUAUAGCUCGCCAGGUACAACACCUUUACAAUACAUUUCGUGUUAAUAACCUUUAUUUUUCCUCCUUGUAGCUGUCAUUUUAUUACGUUCAUCAAUAAAUAAACCUCUUGGCGAGCUGCAAGCCCUCUCGCCUCAUUGUGUGCGCCAUUAUCCUCAUCCAGUACAGGCCUGAGAACCAUAAACACAACAUAUAUCAUUUAAUUCCUAUUAAAUCCACAUCUUUAUUUAUAACAAACACAAACACUGUGGGCUGUUCAAUCAAACAAUGUCUUCGAAUUUCACAUUCAAGCUAAAUCAGGUGGGUGUAUUGUUGUUUUAAACAAAAAAUAUUUCUUCGAAAAGCAGGUUGAAAUGAAUAUGUUUGCAGUUCGAGCAAGUUGAUCAUGUUUUUGCACACAUUGAAAGCAUGCCUAUUCGUCUAAUAAGUUUUUGCCCUAUUUCAGAACCAAAUGAUGGGGAUAGCCUGAUAUCCUCAAUCCUACAAACAAGAUGUCAAAGCGGCCACCCUAUGCCCCUGCCCCUACCCCAGCCCCCACAACACAAAUGCCCACCACCCCUGGGUUUGUGGGGUACAACCCAUACAGCCAUCUGGCCUACAACAACUACAGGCUGGGAGGGAACCCCGGCGGGAACAACAGGAACUCCUCAGGGAUCACCGUUCCUAAGCCGCCCAAACCGCCCGACAAGCCGCUGAUGCCCUACAUGCGGUAUAGCCGGAAGGUAAGCAGGAAGGUUUGGGACCAAGUUAAAGCCUCUAAUCCUGACCUGAAGCUAUGGGAGAUUGGGAAGAUCAUUGGUGGCAUGUGGAGGGACCUCACUGAUGAGGAAAAACAGGACUAUUUAAAUGAAUACGAGGCUGAGAAGAUUGAGUAUAAUGACUCUUUGAAAGCCUACCACAACUCUCCAGCCUACCUGGCAUACGUCAAUGCUAAGAACCGCGCUGAAGCUGCUCUAGAAGAAGAGAGCCGGCAGAGACAGUCGCGCCUAGACAAGGGCGAGCCCUAUAUGAGCAUCCAGCCCGCUGAGGAUCCUGAUGACUAUGACGACGGUUUCUCCAUGAAGCAUACAGCGGCAGCUCGUUUCCAGAGGAACCACAGGCUCAUCAGCGACAUCUUGAGUGAGGUCGUGGUGCCUGAUGUUCGCUCAGUGGUUACCACCGCUCGCAUGCAGGUCCUCAAACGUCAAGUCCAGUCCCUCAUGGUGCAUCAGAGAAAGCUUGAAGCAGAGCUUCUUCAAAUCGAGGACCGACAUCAGGAGAAGAAGAGGAGGUUCCUGGAGAGCACAGACUCCUUCAAUAACGAGCUCAAACGGCUGUGCAGUCUGAAAGUGGAGGUGGACAUGGAGAAGCUGGCAGCCGAAAUGGCGGCUGCAGAGGAGGCGGCUCGCCGGAGGGCGGAGGAGAGAGAGCGGGAAGCAGCAGAGCAGGUGGAGAGAGCUGCUCAAGAAGAGCAACAGCCAGCAGGGGUCCAGGCCAAUGCCAACACAGAACAAACCUCUGCCAGCGAGAGCAAGGAUGGAGAAGACAAGUCCACCCCGAUGGAGACGGAGACUCUGGCUGAAGCUUCUGAAGGAUCUCAGGAGGCUGAGCAAGGAGCGGGUGCAGCGGGAGAGAAACCGGCCCAGCCUGAGCCUGCAGAGGGCGCUACAGAUGAGGGCACCAGCGACAGCACUGCUCCAUCCGAGAGCAGCUCCGGACCCCCAGCAGAACCCCAGGCCUCGGACAACACCCCUGAGGAGCGGCUGCCCACCCAGACACAAUAACCCCACUCGCUUAAUCUACAUGUUCUUUUACCAAGUCUCACUUCACUCUGUGUAGAGUCAUAUGUCCUCUAGGAUUUGCCAUUUAAUCCUAUGACCUGCCAGUUCAGUGAGUGAGAACAGUGAACAUUUUUACUUUUUCCCACCCUCCAUAAUAUUCUACAAUGAAAUGUUUUGUAAGGACAACAAUCUUAAUUGGCUUUCCACACAUAUUCAUUCAGGCACACCUGUUUACUUGAUCUGAAACGCUGACCUUGAUGUGACAAGCCCACUUGAGUACUUUAGAGCCUCUUGGCCAUUAAAAAGCUUUUAUUAUUCUAAAGUGGAAGUAACUUGGGCAGAUGUUGAAUAAAAUGUAACUCUUUCAUCCUACCGUCACCAAAUGGCUGCAAAACGCAGAACUUCAAGGUUAUUUGCUGUCGCUUACCAUGUUUUAUCUACUUGUGGCAGUUAUUUUAUGGUAUAUCUUUGUUUCAUCCUUUCAUAGUUUGGUUGAGCCUGUGGGUUGAAUUUUUUUUUUUUUUUUUUUUUUCCCUCAUCCUAGUUUUUUCUUUACUUAAAAUAAAGCCAUGCUUACACUGUCAUGAUUUUCCAGAUUGACCGCGCAGAGCAGAGGGACAUUGUUCUGUUGACGUCUUCACAGAAUGGUAUUACUUUAAGCCUCUGGAUUAUUGUGUUUUGUAUUGUUGGAAGAUACUCCCUCAAUAAAGUGAUUUCUAUGUCUGUUUUAAA